AUGUCCUCAAUUGAGAAAUUUAUAACAAAACCACCCAUUUUAGUCCACUCUUCGUUAUCUCAGCUUCGUUAUUUGAUAUUGAGUGAAGGUAUUCCAGCAUCUUCAGAAAAGAACCAACAGCGACUACGAUGCUACAUAUGGUCGAUCCUAUCACGUACCUCAAUGGAGGAUUGCACGAACACAUAUUUGGACUUGCUAGAUUUGGGACCUCCACUCCCACCUAUAUAUAAGAAGAUCAAAAAUGAUACGUAUAGAACUUUCCAAACGGAUCCAAAAUUUAAGCAUUCAGUUUCUGAAGAGGCACUGACAAGGUGUCUUUCAUGCUUUGCAUUGCAAACACUGCAUAAAGGGAAACAAAACCCAAAUGAAAAUCAGAUAAGCACCUAUGUGCAAGGAAUGAAUAUCUUAUUAGGACUUUUACUUUAUUCAUGUCCCACAGAACCGAUGGCAUUUAGACUCUUUUCGAAAUUAUGUUACUCCAUUAUACCAACGUAUAUAACGCACAAUUUAAUUGGGGUAAGAAAUGGUGCAAAGUUGCUGGAUAUCUGCCUAAAGAUCAUUGAUUCGAAAUUGAGUAAAUUUCUAAGUGAUAACUUGUUAACUGCAGAAAUUUAUGGAAUGCCGUCAAUCCUUACAUUAUCGAGUUGUAAUAAACCAUUAGAUCAGGUUCGUAAAUUAUGGGACUUCAUGUUUGCUUACGGUUUUCAUAUGAAUAUUUUAUUCGUGGUAGCAAUGCUGGUCACGAUUAGAAAUAAGAUAUUAGAAUCAGAAUCUCCCAUGAAUUUGAUGAAGGAUUUACCGGAUUUUGAUGCUGAUGAGAUUAUAAGACUUGGUGUUGGCUUUUUACCCAAGAUUCCGCCUCAUAUUUACGACUUAUUAGUAAAUCAUUUAACAGAUCCAAAUAUAUCGAUACCCCAGUGA